UUGGGGGUGUACGAAAUGUAUUGCAAGCUCCUGUACUCAACGACAACCAUCUACGUACAUGCACUACGACGACUACACACCCACCCCCUCGACGACGAUUCCCCCCACGCACGCGAUUCCCCCCACCCACGAAACACGCCACGCAGUCUCGCCCUCCCCCGACCACCUACCGCCCCCCUUCUCGGCCUCGACCGCCCCUCCCCCUUCGCUCCCCCUGCGCUCUCGCCACCCUGCGAGUAAGGUGUUUGAAACACCCCGC